CACCUUCAUUGCUCCUCGCACACCCUCCAUCCGGGACUACCCCGUCGACAACUGCCAUCACCCCAAUUCCCAAUUCCCAAUUCCCCCUCACCACAUCGCUGCUCUCCCUCACUGGUGACACGACUUCGGCUUCCCCCCCGCUCCUCUUUUUAGCUACUGCUCUCACCCUCUCUCGCACAAUGACCGUCCAGGCCUUAAAGGGCUUGGUUAUCGCCGUCGGCGGAACAUUCCCCGGCUUCAAGCAAGCGGACUUGAAGAACAUCGUCAGUCGCCAGGGAGGCAAGUUCUCGUCGACGGUGACGGAAGAAUGCACCCACCUGAUUACAACCGAGAAGGAGGUGGACAACAGGAGUGUCAAAUACACGCAAGCCCGCAAGGUAUACACCUGCAACAUUGUCUCGCUGGCCUGGCUCGUCGACUCCGACGCGGAGGGCAAACGGCUCGACGAGAAGGAUUUCCUGAUGGGCGCCGACAAUAACCAGGAUGAGGACGAGGACGAGGAGGAGGAGAAGCCCAAGAAGCGCACCCUGGAAGAAGCCCUCGGCGUCCAGCAGGAUGGUACAACCAAGAAGUUCAAGGACGCUCAGACCAUCGGCACCAAGUCCCUCAAUGUUCCCGUGGACGAGACCUGCCCCCUGAGAGCCCAUUACGCGGUAUACAUUGAUCCAAGCGGCCUCAUCUGGGAUGCCACCCUGAACCAGACCAGUGCGAGCAAUAACAACAACAAAUUCUAUCGCGUUCAACUGCUCACCAACAGCAGCAAGAGCGAUUUUAAGACCUGGACCCAUUGGGGCCGAGUGGGAGAACUGGGGCAGCAUGCCCUUCUAGGCGACGGUAGCCACGGAAGAGCGGAAGCCGAGUUCAAGAAGAAAUUCAAAGACAAGUCCGGCCUGACCUGGGAGAACCGUCUCGACCCCCCCAAGGGUAGCAAGUAUACCUUCAUUGAGCGGAACUAUGAAGAGGGCUCCGACGAUGAAGACGAGGACGACAAAGCUGUCGUCAAGAAGCCCUCCAAGGCCAAGGCACCGGAGGUCAAAAGCACCCUGCCUGCGGCGGUGCAGAAUUUAAUCGCGUUCAUUUUCAAUCAGGAUCUUUUCAAUGCCACCAUGGCCGCCAUGUCCUACGACGCGCAGAAACUGCCCCUGGGUAAGCUCAGCAAGCGCACCCUGCUCUCCGGUUUUGAGGCCCUGAAGAACCUCUCGGAGCUGGUCGCGAACCCCAACCUGGCAGCAGACCAAUACGGCCUUUCCUUUAAUGAAGCGGCCGAGCACAUCAGCAACCUGUACUUUACCUUCAUCCCUCACGUCUUUGGCCGCAACAGGCCCCCGGUGCUGGUCCAGGAGAAUCUCAUCAAGAGGGAAAUUGAGCUGCUGGAAACAUUGACCGAUAUGGAGGUUGCGAACAGCAUCAUGAAGGCUGCGAAGGAUGUCGAUACGGUGCACCAGCUUGACCGUCAAUUCCAGGGCUUGGGAAUGCAAGAGAUGUCCCCACUGGAUCACACAUCUACCGAAUUUAUCGAGCUGCAUGACUAUCUCAUCCAGUCCCGUGGUGCUACGCACGGGAUUAGAUACAAUGUCAUCAACAUUUUCCGCAUUGAACGACAGGGCGAGAACGACCGCUUCCAGUCGUCCAAGUUUGCCAAGAUGAAGAAGAGCAGUCGCCGUCUGCUGUGGCACGGAUCCCGCAGCACCAACUUCGGUGGUAUCCUGAGUCAGGGUUUGCGCAUCGCCCCGCCAGAAGCCCCCGUCAGCGGAUACAUGUUCGGAAAGGGUGUCUACUUUGCAGACAUGUCCACCAAGUCGGCGAACUACUGCUGCUCGUGGGGCAGUGGGAAUCAGGGUCUGCUGCUGCUCUGUGACGUCGAAGUCGGUAAUCCCAUGCUGGAGUUGGACGGGGGCAACUUCAACGCGGGCGAGGAUGCCGUGCGCGAAGGAAAGGUCGCCACGCUGGGUCGUGGUUCAUCAAUCCCUUCGGCCUGGAAGGAUGCCAGCUGUGUCCACCCCAGUCUGAAGGGCGUGACGAUGCCUGACGUGUCGUCGCCGGCGGCGAAUGCUCAGUCGCGAGGCCUGCUCUACAACGAGUACAUCGUGUACGAUGUGGCUCAGAUCCGUCAGAAGUACCUGUUCCAGGUGGACAUGCGAUAGAGGGUUUCUUUGCAGCCGCACGAGCCUGGUGCUCCGUGGGGCUUUAUUGUCAUGGGUCUAGCGCGAUGGGCAUCUCAAGCGGCGGCGUUCGUUCAUCUGAUGAAGUUAUAGUGGUGAACUCGACGGGUCAAAAUUUGACCUAGUAUACGAUAGUAAUGAUUUAAAUAUUCGUCGAUUGGAC